AUGUUAUGUAUUUGCAAAGAUAGAAACACUCAACACAAUUACAACACGACAACAACAACAACAAUAGACAAUAGACAAUUACCAGAUUCACUCAAAAAGAACAAAUAUAAUUCAAAGAUCAUGUUUACAUCAAAGACAAUAGCAGAGCAAAGAGAGAGAGAAGAGAUGAGUUUAAUGGUAAAUAAUCAUCCAUACCAAACUAUGGAUGUAUAUGGAAAUGGAAUGAUUCAACAAAUGCAUCCCAAUACAUAUGUUGGCAUGCAUCCAUCUCAAAUGGCUGGUGUUGUUCCACAUCUCCAACACCUUCAAGCACAAGGAAUGCAGGGUUCAUCAUCUGCCAUGAACUCACCCGUUGUCAUUACCGGUGCCAAUAAUAUUAAUAAUAAUAAUAAUAAUAAUAAUGGAGUUGUGGGAACACCAGUAUCUCAACCUACACCUGCUAUCAUAUCAUCGGGUUCGCCAUCCGCCAACUCACAAUCAACCUCACCAAGUACACUCAAUCAAUCGAGUAACAAGAGAAUGGCAAUUACUCAACAGACAUGUUUGGUUGAGGAAAAGUUCUCAAAAAAUGGUGUACAAAAGAAUGUACAUGUUGUCGUCAAGAAUAAUCCAUUCCUACUCACACUUACUCUUUAUGACAAGUCACUCAACUUUCACCAUUUGUCACCUGAAGUGCAGCUAGUGUACGACAGUGAGAAUCUUAAAGAGGUUGACUCGGCCACUAUGAAACCCUUAGAGUACAAGACACGUGCCAACGAGGAUGGUGACCAGCUGACCGUUGAACUGCGUAUCAAAGUAUUGUCCAGCCAGCUUGAAGACAUGUUGUUCCGUGCCCGUGUCAAAAUCAUCGACCCUCGCACCCGAAAGGAGAUCACCGGGCUCGCAGUCAUCACUCACCCCAUCAGAGUCGUCUCCAAGCCCGACCAAGUCAAGAAAAAGGCCAAAAAGAGAAAGAGAGCUCCAACAGACUCACUCAUGGAUACUCUUAACCGUUUGGAACAUCAACAAAAAGAACAACAACGUUUAUUAAAGAAAUUAUGUAAUUUUGAUAAAGAGAAUAAUGUUGGUCCUCAAACAAAUAAUAAUAAUCAAGAUAAUAAUAAUAAUAGUGAUAAUAAUACAACCGAAUCAAUAUCAACUACAUCAACAGCAUUGGCAACGACUGAACAACAACAACAACAAGUAGUAACAGUAGAUGAAGAUGAAAAAGAAUCAACUAAUAAUAACAAGUUGGAAAAGGAUGAUUUCCAAAGAGCAUUUAAAGAUUUUAUUGGUGCUUUUAAACAAUUACAAUGUAUGGAUCCAGAUGGAGCAGACAGUGCAUUCAAAAUCAAUACUUGUGCAACCGAUGCACAAACCAUGUGUGAAAUAUUGGAGCUUGUCAAAGCAGAGUUGAAAAAAGAAGAACAAAUCAAAGAUUCUCAACAAUGCCCCAAUGGAAAUGAUUAUAGUAAUGUAGAUUCACCUCAAAAGCCCGCUAAUACAACAACACAAUCAACUUCAGAAUCACUCCAACAACAACAAAAUAAUUAUGAUUCAUAUUUUAAUAUGUUUACAAAUGCAAAUGCUGUAGUCCCACAAGUUGAUAUUUCUCAACCUCAACAACAACAAUCAAAUAAUAAUACAAAUAGUAAUAAUAAUAAUAAUAAUAAUACAACUACUACACCAGUUGUUAAUAUUAAUAAUGUAACAAAUACAGUAGUUCCAUCUCCAUCAUUAAAAUCAAAUAAUAAUACAAACAACACAAAUAAUUCAAACAAUUCAAAUGAAUUACAACAACAACAACAACAGCAACAACAACAACAACAACAACAACAACAACAACAACAACAACAACAACAAAUGUUACAACAACAAUUAUUACAACAACAACAACAGCAACAACAACAACAACAAGCAGCCGCAGCAGCUGCAAUGUACCAACAACAAAUCCAACAAUACCAAAUGCAACAAUUACAAUACCAUCAACAAAUUCAACAACAAUUGGCAGCUGCAUCACAAGUCCAACAACAACAGCAACAACAACCAACCACAGCAACAACAGUUGAACAACAACUCUAUUUCCAACAUUUACAUCAACAACAACUUAUGCAACAACAACUCCAUCAACAACGUCUAAUUCAACAACAAAUCCAACAACAGCAACAACAACAACAUAUGAUUCUAUCACAACAAGUCCCAUCUGUACCAAUACCAUCCAACAACAAUAAUAACAAUACGACUCUUAAUAAUAAUAAUAUGAAUGCACCAUCAACAACAGCCGAUCAACAAUUAAAUAGUACUUUUAUUGAUUUGAAUUCCGGAUCAUUUUUAAAUUUCCCUUUCGCUGAUCUAGGUUUCCAAUCUGUUUAA